CGCACAUCGCACAUCACAUAUCACACAUCCCUCCUGCUUCGACUCCUCCUCCUUCUUCCUUCCUCACCCCCCGUUUGUGCCCCAUUCCCCAUAAUCGCGCGCUCGUCUCGUCUGCUUCUCCAGGCCCAGUCAAAAAAAUCUUCCUUUUUUUUGUACUUCUUCAAUGAGGCCUGUAUAUUGAUCAUAUCUUUGUUUGUGCCCUCCUGCCCUCCGCCCGAAAUAGUCUCCUUAUUACAUUCCCUUGUCUUCUUUUUUUUUUUGCGCCCUCUCUCAAGCCGCGGGCUCGGACGACGCUGGACGACCUUUGUCCAAAUCCACAUCCACACCUAAAUCCACCUCAAUUGCAUCUUCGUCCGAGCAGCAGUUUACUUACUUUGCUUGCCUUAGUCCCCUCGGUCUCUUCAGCUAUAGAAUAACGACCCUGCUCUCGGCUCAGACAGGCCUCCUCCAAUUCGCACGAGCAUCCUUUGUAAUACCGGCGGUUCCUGGAUUUUCUCUUGUUAGCAUCGCGCUCCUUAAAUCCAGUCCCCCGUUUCUCUCGAAUACGCUCGAACAUCCUCCGACGCUUCCACGCUGUCGUCUCCCUCGUCCAUCGCUUCGAGGUCGUCGAAAACACAACUACUAGACUGUUCUCGCCCGGCGACUUUCUACUUUAGGGUUUGUCUUUUUUUGCCGUUAGAAACGUCUAAACGUUGAUUCAAUCGACGAUUUAUCAAUUAUCGCCGCUGAGAAAUAAUAAUCAACUAUCCGGCCCGACGCUUGCUUGUGUCACCGUCUCAUGAGGUCGGCUAGAUAAUCGAUAAUGUCAACUUCUAGAUCCGAACACUUGGCUCUCGGCUACGCCUCUCAGUCUGGCAGUCAACCUCGUUCUGGUUCCCCAUCCGCCAGCAAUUCCCCCAUCGAUCCUCUUCCACCUUCUCGUUCCCCAUUCGGCUUGUCUGGUGGUCUCAACCCUUCCAGUAAGAUGGCGGGCAACUCGCGAUCUGGGGCUGGUUCUCCGUCGCACGAAAUCCCUGGCUCAAGCCGUCUAUUCUCCAAGAGAGCUCGCGAGAUCCAGGCCCAAGAAGGAGUCCCUGGUAUGUCGGGAAGCCUUUGGGGCGGCCCCCCUACGAGCGGCAAUUCUACGCCACUACGUGAGAAUAUUCCCGAGUCCCCAACCGAUGGUUUCCCGGACUUUGCCCAGCUUCCUACGCCGGAUUCAAUGCCUCAGACAAGGCGCGCUCGAGCUGGAACGGUGCCGUCUCGAUUCUCUCCUGGAGGUGCAGCUAACGGCAUGAUCGGUAUUCCUGGCCUAGCUGCCAAGACAAACAGGCCCACGCCAACUCAGAGCCCUUUCAAGUCGCCUUCUCCUAAUCCUGAUGUCCAGGAGAAUAGUUCCAGUAGCUCAACCUUGCUCUCCCGACUCCGUGCAGGUUCCAUGCCUCAGAGAAGUCAGUUUGCACCAAUUCCUGGAACCAGCUCGCCAUUCGGUCCCUCUAUCUUCAGCAGUUGGAAUCCUACAGGUGUGGGACGCGAGCGAGCCUCCACUUUAGCCAGCAUUGCCAGUGUCGGCUCUAACGGCCCUAGCUCGCCAGCCCAAUCUCAAUUCUCAAAAGAAGGAGGUGGGGAGUCCGAUGUUCAUAUGAGAACCCUGGACUAUCUUGGACUUGCAGAGACCCCACAACCUCCCCGAGCACAGCUUGCUACUCCUUACCUUGCCAAUCUCGACUUCACGAAGCAAGCAAGCCGUUUCCGAUCUUACUCGGUCAACAACAAGGACAGAUAUGCCGAUGACGAAGAUGAUUACGACAAUGAAAUGCCUCUCGACCCCCAAUACGUGGCAGCUCUGCAAGAUCAGCUGGCCGCUACCAACGCUGCGAUUCACAACCACAAUCUCGCUGUCCAGGCUUUUGCCAAUCAGGCCAAUCGUCCUCGCGCGCGUACCGCUGGUGUCUUGGACACUCCUGGAAGUCGACUUAUGAGAACAUACAUGUCCGGCAACUCCAACCUGUCUAACUCUGUUGCCCCUGCUGAGAUUCGACUGCAAGACGAGAAGGAUUACGAGGAUCUUCCUCAGGCCGUUACUGGGAUCAACCUCGGCAGAUCCAGCAGCCGUAACGCUGGUCUCCUCAGUGCUGACGAGCAAGGUCUUGAGGGUCCUACCAGCGCACUCUGGCUCGGUAGCAUUCCCACUUCCACAACCACUUCCACAUUGAUUGAGAUGUUCAAGUCUCACGGUCCCAUCUUGUCAGCUCGUGUCCUCACUCACAAGAAUUGCGGGUUCGUCAAUUUCGAGAGGGUGGAAAGCGCCAUCUCUGCCAAGGCAAGCAUGAACAGCAAGGAAAUCUUUCCCGGUGCUGGUCCCAUACGCAUCAACUUCGCCAAGCCUCCAUCUGCUUCCAACACUCCCGGACACGACGGAGUGUUCCCCUCCCCUAGCCCUGACCCAUUUGCGAAGGGACAAGAUAAUAUCCAGGGAACGAACGCCAGUACCCCAGCGGGCGAUACCACCCCUGCCAUUUCCACCACAAACGCAACCCCUAAGGCUCCUGCUCUCCGUGAUAUGACCACUAAUAUUCUCGAUAUUGUUAAGCAAUUUGGCGCGUCUGAAGAGGAUAGAUUCAGAAUCUCUCGUAACCUGCAGUCGGCUAUUCAGUUCAACUCAUUUGUUGAGGAAAUCCCGCCUAUCCGCGAGCCUGCUCACACUCGUGUUCACGACGCACCCAAGCUUCGGGAUAUCCGCAAGCGAAUUGAUAACCAGAGCUUGUCUCAGGCUGAAAUUGAGAAUAUUGCUGUGGACAUGCUUCCGGAAAUUGCCGAGCUCUCGUCCGACUAUCUUGGUAACACCGUGGUACAGAAGCUUUUUGAGCACUGUUCCGAUCAACUCCGCGAUGCCAUGCUGUCCGAGAUUGCGCCUCACAUGGCCGAGAUUGGGGUGCACAAAAACGGUACCUGGGCGGCCCAGAAGAUCAUUGAUGUCUGCAAGACCCCCGCGCAGAUGUCUUUGAUUGUUGAACACAUCCGCCCCUACACUAUUCCUCUUUUCCUGGACCAAUACGGCAAUUAUGUUCUCCAAGGAUGUCUCAAGUUUGGUGCUCCCUACAAUGAUUUCAUCUUUGAGACGAUGCUUGCCCGCAUGUGGGAGAUUUCACAGGGCCGGUAUGGUGCUCGUGCCAUGAGAGCAUGCCUCGAGAGCCAUCACUCCACCAAGGACCAACAGCGAAUGCUCGCUGCUGCCAUUGCCCUGAACAGCGUGCAGUUGGCAACCAACGCUAAUGGUGCACUACUCUUGACCUGGUUCCUUGACACUUGCACUUUUCCCCAACGCCGCACAGUCCUGUCGCCCCAGCUAGUGCCUUAUCUGGUUCAUCUCUGCACCCACAAGGUUGCCUAUCUCACAGUGCUCAAGGUCAUCAACCAGAAGGCAGAGGCGGAUGCGCGCGAUGCCAUCCUUCAAGCUUUGUUCUUCACGCCUAAUGAUCAAGUGCUUGAAGCCAUUCUUAAGGACCACCAAUGCGGUGCUACACUGAUCUUCAAGGUUCUUACCACGCCCUUCUUCGACGAGUCUAUCCGCAACCAGGUUGUUGAAAAUGUCAAGAAUGUUCUUCUGCGAAUCAAGGCCCAGCCCAACCAAGGUUACAAGCGCCUGAUGGACGAGGUUGGCCUGUCGACUCGCAGCACUGGUAACAACCGUGAUGCUAGUACACAUGCUGAACAACGCCAACGUCCAUCCUCGCGACAGGCAAACUCGAAUGGCCAUCAUCCCAACUCUGCACACUCUAAUAAGCCUUUCUAUAACCCCAUGAACCAACCAACUAACCCUCCUGGAUUUGAUAUGCCCUAUGGCGGCCAGAGAAACGAGCCUGCUGAUGGCGGCGUUUCCGCAUUCCCUCAGUUCAACCAGAGCAUGAUGUAUAACGCACCUGGAGGCCCAAUGCCUGCCAACUUGCAACAGAUGCAGUACCAGCAGAUGAUGAAUCGAGGGCCGCCACCCAUGAAUUUCAACUAUCCUCCUAUGCAGGCUGGCUAUGGUGGCUUCAAUGGUCCCAACCCAUCUGUCGACCAGUACCGCCAACAGAACAUUCCGAAUGGAAGUCCUAUCCAACCGCCUGUUUCACAGAUGCCCCAGAUGCCCGCUGGCCAGACUCCAUUCGCACCCCCGGGAUUUGGUAUGGGAAUGGGCAACUAUGGUUAUGGUAACGUGGGAGGCAUGCCCAACAUGGGAUACAUGCAGCAACAGGAGCAGGGUAACCCUCGACGAGGCCGCGUAAGACAACCUCAGUCACGCAAUGGGCAACAAAGAAGAGGGGGCUAAUCAACUAUUCCCAGAGAUGAUCAAGUCAACCGCAGUUCGCGCGCCCCUUCGGGUGGCCGACACCAUAUUCGCUGGAUCUUUGGGGUUUGUUCUCGUUUUCUUUUUUUUUCAAAUCAUUUCUAGCAUGCAGCCAUUGGGGAGCUGGAGCGGCGUUUGAGCAACGGCUACGGAUGCACAUUUCAAAGACGACCGUGUUUGUCAUAGUGACUUGGCCAAGGCUGACGUUUUUCGCCCGUCACUUGAAUGUCUUGUCCUCUUGUUUCGAUACCUACCUCCCUUCUACUUCUCGCAGAGCUCGUUUCAGGCCGGUCUUGGAAGUUUUGCAAGAGAUAGAGAAGAGGCAGGGUUACUUCUACGACUGAAUGAACCUGGAAACCCUGGAAAACUCUAAACAGAAUAAAACACUACGAUUCUUGUUCAAGACGGCAGUUGGGUCUAGGUCUGUUGUCACUGUGGAGCCAUUGGUGGCUCCGUCUGUGAUGAGUCCUUUUUAUAGGUCUGGCCCAGGCCGACGUCAGCGUUUGAUGAUAGACACGAUGGUAGGCUUGGUUUGGGGGGGUUGUUUGGGUCAUUAAGGACGAUGCCACGAUUUCAUCUUGCAACCCUUGGGUGGGAGUGGCUAACCUUGCAAGCCAUGCCUCCUAGAGGUUUGUUGUAUAUUAAAACUAAAAGAUUUGCAAGAGCCUCCUGACGUAUGUCCGUCUUUGAGCUUUUUACGACUUAGCAAUUGAUGUUUUUAUGGAGUUCCUGUGGUGCACAACCUGGAUCGAAGAUGUAUAGACUUACGGUACAUAACGAUAUUGGCAUCUGGGGUGCCCCCAAAAUAUAAGCAGAUUUUAGGGGACAGACUGUUCUGACAUUUUGUACCAUAUCACGUUUCGUCAGGGGAUGGCCAUUAUUGAGAUGAAGAAUUAAAUAGCUCGUCUUCAGUCUCAUGUUUCUCUCAUAUUGGCAAAUACUUCUAUCGCACCAGCCUCUGAAUCUGCCCCAGGGGCUUGAAUCGAUCAAUGUCGCUUUUUCUCCUCAUCAACUCCCAACUAUGAUACAAAUAAAGAGUAGUUAGUGCAGCA